AUGACGUUCUAUCAGUUAACGGCUCCUAACGGCAUUGCCCUGGGUGUGGUUCUGGCCCACACCUCUCUGUCCCACAGUAACAAAAUAUACAUCAGUGCACCAGGAGAAUUGCUAAUGAGACUAAUUGAGUCUGUUACCAUUCCUCACAUUUUGUCACAUGUGAUCGUAGGACUCAAUGGGCCGAGUCUCGGUAUCUCCAAAAAGGUGGUCGUGCGUGCAGCGGUGUACUUCACAUCAACCACUGUUAUUGCUGUUAGUAUUGGAGUAAUGUUGGUGGUGUGUAUCAAGCCAGGGGUCAGUGGUGAAGUAGAAUUCGAUGAUGAUGAUGAAUCCUUCUCUUCAGCUCUUGCCUUGAUGGAUCUAAUAAGGAACAUGGUGCCACAUGAUCUGAUUUUGGCUACCUUUCAACAGUACAAGACUCGGAUCAUGGAGUUUGAGCUUGAUGAGGAUGAGCUCAAUUCUACCCAGAUACACACAGAAGUGCGUCUCGUUGGUGAAUAUAUUGAAGGAGUCAAUAUUUUGGGCCUGAUCAUCGCGGCAGCUGUCAUCGGGAUAUGCCUCAGGAGGAUGGGAGAAAGGUCCAAACCUAUGGUGGAUGUUGUUAUCGCCCUUAACAAGCUCACCAAUGUAUUAGUUCAAAAUAUUAUAGGCUACUUUCCUGUCGGACUGUUGUUCAUGACUGCAAUGUACGUGGAUGAGGUCGGAGUCAACUGGAAGACUCUCUCACAACUUGGAAAGUUCACUGCAGUGGCUUUUAGUGGGCUCGCAAUCCAUGGAAUCAUCGUCCUACCUCUGAUCUACCUCCUGUUUGUGAGACGAAACCCCUUAUCCUUCAUUAAGGGGAUUUGUCCCGCCUUACUAAAGGCCAUGCAUUUCUCACGGAGCGCUGCUACUCAGCUGUCCAUACUUGGUUGUGAGGAAGCGAACCACAUUGAUAAAAGAAUCACGCGCUUCAUCCUGCCACUUGGAUACAAUGUCAACCAGGACGGAACAGCCCUUUAUGAAGUGAUUUCUGUGGGUUUCAUCGCCCAAAUCUGCCGCAUCUACCUGAACUGGAGUCAGAUACUUACCCUCGCUGUGACCGUAGCUGUGUCGAGCUUAGGAGAGGCAGGGCUUCCAACUACUGAAUCAGUCACCACCAUUUUUGUUUUGAAAGUCCUCGGGAUUCCUGCAAAUGACGCUUGCCUCUUGUUGAUCAUACAAUGGGCACUGGAUUGCCUCAGCUCUCCUGUUAAUGUCCUGUCAGAUUGCGUUGGUGCAGCACUUGUUGCACAUCUGUCAAAAAAAGAGCUUGAAGAAAUAGAUGAGCGAGAAAAGGAGGUGUCGAGGUAAAUCUUCGAUUUUUUAUGGGGAAAAGGCUGCGGGCGUUCACAAUCAAUUGAAAAUC